AGAAUAUUGCUAUAGAACAAGACUUUAGUACUAUAAAAGACCAUUCAAACAUGAUGGGGUUUCCUACAGAGAAUCAGCAUUGUGAUUGAGAAGGAAGAUCGCAUUCUCAAAAAUGGGCUUUCUAGACCAUCUUCCUCAAUGCUUUUCUUGUCCCCCUUCCCCCCUUCAUAAACGCUUUCCUUUGCAGACAGUAAAUCUGAGGGUGAAAAUGGACUGCCAAGGUUGUGUCAGGAAAGUUAGGAAUGCUGUGGAAGGCUUGAAAGGGGUGGAAUCAGUGGAUAUAAACCAGAAGCAACAAAGGGUGACAGUGAAGGGGCAUGUGGAUGCAGAAGAAGUAAUAGAGGAAGUGAAGAGCACAGGGAAGAGAGUAGAAAGCAAGAUUGGGUUGUAA